AUGGAUCAUCCCCGUAAGUUCGAGCACGAGGACUCCAACUACCAGACACUGAGAGUUGAUGCUUCCUUGGAAGAAGCCAAAGCCAAACCACCUGUGAUCAAUAUCCGGGGAGGAGGCGACGGUGGUGAUCAAAUCUGGUCCAAACUGGAUUUAGGAGUCGCUGCAGGAGAAAGCAGCGAUUUUGGUUUUCUAGGUGUGGGAGUACCGGGUACCAAGAAUGACGAGGACAACAAGGGCUAUGGUGGCCAGGACCAGGACCAGCCAACCCUCGAGGCUUCAGCCGGGAUGCCUCAACUCCAGGAUGAUAAUGAUCUCAGUGAGAUCUGCAGCGCCUUCAGUGGGCUGCAACUUAGGGAGCUGGAGCGUAUCUUCCAGCGUACACAGUUCCCCAACGUGUUUGUGCGAAAGGAGCUCGGAGUACCAGUGAAUGUUGAAGCGGAAGCUGAGCCUGGUGAACCUGAAGAUGAAGUAUCUGAGUAG